GUGUUAACAUAUAUUUCUCUGUGUAAGCUGUCAUUAUUUUUUUUUUCGUUUUACGUAGAUUAAAUUCUGAAAUCAAUUUUAUUUGUCUGUUCAUAUUUGUUAUUUAAAGUUCGUAGCAGUGAAAAUCAACAAAAAACGUCAAUAACCAAUAAAUUCGCUACCAAGAAAUUGUUGAUUCAAAUAAUAAGUAAUGUCCAAAAGUGAUCGUCGUUACGUAGUGUAUUAGUGGUCAGUGGCUAAUGAAUGUAUUGUCUGAUCGACUAAUACACCUUGCGCAACUUUAACUAACAUUUGAGCAAUAUAUUAGAUGAGAUUAGAUUCAUUUCAUGAUUUAAUCGCUCACUGCCAAGGUUAUGACAUGAAAACUGUAUACUAAAUGGCACUGAAGAAAGUUAUUCGUCCACAAAAAUAUCCACUGACUUAAAAUGUCUUUCGCUUUAUCGCCAAUGGGUCAUCUAUUCAAAAACAUGACAUCAACACGAGAUCAACCCAUUAAGCUCUCCACUUUUAAAGGAGCUCAGUGGAAACUAUUCGAAGACAGAGUCUCCAACGAUUCGCUAACGAUCAAAAAAUCAUCCAGAAACUUUGAAAGCAACGACGAAAAAUGGCGAAUAGAACGACUGAACACCGAUGCGUCAGCAAUUGUUCGCCUGGAUAAUAGGGAUCGCGACGUCUAUGGAACUUGUCCGGAACAAGAUACAUUUCUCGGAGUUUUAUGCAACGACUGCUCGGACAUUAUCAAACCAUCGUCUCUGCAAAAACAUAUUCGUAAUCGACAUUGUCAACACCAGUCAUCGUCGACCAAUCGAACAAAUUUUUCGGCGUCUUCGAUUAACUCAUUUAAUACUCAUGACAGUGGAAGCGACAUGAAUGCUCGUUAUGCAUAUUAUCCAUCAACCGGUUCGAGCGCACAUUACACGUCAACAAACUCGAAUAACAAAUUGAAAAUUAUGGUGAGCUCAACAGCAUCAAAAAAUUUGAACCAAUCGCCUCCAAAGCCAAAGAGUAAGUCGAUAGUUUACACUAAACCAAAACCGAAAAAUAGUGGGAAACGAGGACCGACAGGCUCGGAACAAGAGUCACCUUCAAAGUCGUUAGAAAGUUCUUUACAGAAAGUUUCCUUAGAGCAAUUUAAUAUCAACACGCAAAAAGUGAAACCGAUGAUCGUUCUCAGCAAGACAGUCGUCUCCAAUGAACGUAAGCCGUCUCAUGUUGGCAGAAGGAAAUUGUUGUCUGCAUUAAAGGGAAAGGACUGGACUGCUUUCUCUAAAAUGGCUGAGAGAAAUACUGAAACUGGCUCUAUUGACACUAAAUCUGCAGAUAUAAGCAGCACACGGAAAUUAGAUAUUAUGCGCUUAGACUUCAGCGAUAGAGGUGUGUUUGGAAUGGCGCCAGAAACCGAAGAACUGUUAGCGGUCGUUUGUAAGGGAUGCUCUACAGUCCUGAAACCGCAAGGCAUGUUGAUACAUCAGCAAAACCGAGGUUGUCUUCAUCAUGCCACGUCACAAGCUGGGUCAUCGAGUUCAACAUGGUCGCUGACUAACAGCAGCUAUUCCGAUUCGAACCGCUAUUUGUCAAAGUUCAGCUCUACACCACAAGUGAAACUACAUCCGAUCCCAAUUACGACAAGCAGUCUAGUUUUAUCUAUGGCACCGCCAACGUCAUGUUCUGUAUCACCGCAGUCGCACCAUAAAUCCAAGAAUCGUUCUGGCAGUCAUUCCAAAAGUAAAUCGAAACACAGCAAGAAGGGAAGCAAUCUACCGUCACCUUCCAUUAACCUUACCGAUGCAAUGUUUAAUAUUGGCACGGCGUGGUCAUCGGCAUCUGAAACAUCAUCGCAAAGAUCCAAUUUCUCCAACAAUAAUUACGACGCAACCAGUUCUAAGUCUGUGACCGACUCGUGCAUUUUAACGAGUAUGGACACAACAUCUGUGACGAUAGCAUCAUCAAGCUCAUCGUCAAACUCGUCCAGUUCAUCUUCAUCCAGUUCAUCUUCAUCUUCAUCGAUGUCAUCGACACAUGGAAAUAGAAAUUCUACAUCUCAACGGUGUCUGCCUAUCAAAGAUCGAGAGUAUGAUGCGGAUAAACAUUGCGGUGUUAUAUCUCCCGAAACAAAUAAGCCAUGUACACGGUCUCUUACCUGUCGAUCACAUACGAUAUCUUUACGGCGAGCGGUUCCCGGACGCAGCAAAAGCUUCGACAAACUAUUGACCGAACACAAGAACGCCAAAGAGAAUUUCCUUAUGACAUCGUCCCAGUCUACCGAACUAACAUCGAAAGGUUUACGAGUUAAGUCGUUUGCCGACAUCGAGUCCAGCAGCAAUUCAUCAUCCAGUUUCGAUUUGGAUCGUCGUGCAUCGCAGACAUGUACUGUUAACUCGAACAGCAACAGUUGUUCUUCGCUAAACUUGCAAUCAUCUGAUGUUCCAACAUCAUUACCGGCAUCGCUACUAAUGUCGCCCAUAUUGACUAAUAUCAUUACUUCUUCAAAUACUUCCGAUCGCAAUUCAAAUAGUCCAUUCUCAACUGCACAUGCAGCGAAGUCAUUAGAAGCAGAAUUUUCAGAAGAAAACGUUCACAUGGAAUACCUAGACUAUGAUGCAAACGAAAGUCAACGAUUCCAAAAGGGUAAACGACCUCCUUCGUCCAAUGAACUGGCAAACAUGUCCGAGCCGGCAAAACGGAUGCGAGUGGUGAAUUUGGAUGAUAUGUCUCGUGUUAGUGAUAGUCAUAGCGUUCGAACAGUAGAUAAUUCAAACAAAAACAACGCACUGGACGAAGUGGCUCCACUGAUGGCCACCCAAUACAUUGUUGACGAUGGCGAUCAGGCGGUUUAUGAAGGGCAAAUUAAUCGAUCAUCGGACAUGUCGGGAAUUGAGAAUGAGACAGUAGAAGCGCUGAUGCAAUCGCUAUCGCCGUAUGAAUUUAGCUUUAACGAAAUGGGCCAAUUGAUGAUAACGGAACCGAUAUUCGCAAAUGAAGAACCAAACACUGCCGCACAAAACACGAACGUCAUAGGCGAUGAUGCUGUUGUGGACCAACAGUUAUCGGAAUGUAAUAUCAAUGCCGAUGACUUGGACGACAUUGAUCAAUUGGUUGCACCAAUCUUUGAGAAUUCUGAAGCUGAAGGAUUCGAUCUAGUUGCAUACACCAUGAAAAAGACAUCCGACUCCAUAAGUGAUACAUCAUCACCGAUCAAAGAAAGUCAGCGAUCGAACUACACACUGCUGCUGAAGAAUAAACCACGUACUAAACUGCACGACCAAAAUUGUAACAUCUCAGGUGUGAACGUUCGUCGGCUGGCUGAAAUAGAUCAGCUCGUAUCUGGUGGCGAAUCGAUUGACGUUGCAAAUAAUUUUACUGAUGAAAAAAUCGGACCAGAAUAUCAGAAUUUAUAUUCCGACAGCGACGGUACUGAUGAUGAGACUACUGACGAACAAUUCGAUUUGAGGAGCGACGAGCACAGCUUAUUUUUCGGAUCAAAUAAUUGCUUUACUACAGAUGUGAUAGAUCAAAACGGUGUUGUGCCUUUGGAUAGCGGUAAUGGAUACGGUGAAAAGGAGAACACCGACGAUGUGGACGAUUUUCGUGGUAUACGGAACUGGUAUGGCAGCAUACCGAAACCAUUGAAUACCAAUCGGUUUGGUAUGGGCAAGACAAGGGGAGGCAGUGCUUUGCGUCGUAACAUUUUGACGGCCAGAAAGUCAAAUCCAACACAUCAAGCGUAUAAUUACGCUAUUAACAACCAUUCGAUCAAAUUCAACAGCAGCAAUCAUGAAACGACGAUCCGGUUAGACCAAAAUGGUUCCAGCACGAAUACGUUCCAAUUACUUCGGACGAAUGGUAGUGUCAGAGCCAAUCAGAUAAUUGCGAGCAAUUCGGCCAGUGGGAAUGGUGUUGGUGUUGCUUCGGUUUUGAAUCGUACAGGUGGUCGUCGUAUUGGACAGAUUGUUCAAACACAAAAAUUGAAUCGACGACUAAUGACUUUAGGCACAGCAUUCGAUAAUGUCACUGCUGCGACUCAAUUCGUUCGGCCGUUGAAUCCGAAAGGUAAUCAAAUUGAUGAUAAAUUGAAAAUUCUGAAGCGGGGACUGCACAAGCCCGCGACUGUUCCGGGGAACAUACGGUUGAGCAAUAUUCUACCGACCGGUACGACAGUGAAUGGAUUUUCAUUGGAUGACAUCAUAGGUGUGUAUAGACCACGAAACGAACGAAAUAUAUCAAAUCAUUCGACGAGCCAUUCAUCUGCUCACGAGGUGAAUGGAACAGCAAAGAAAAUGAAAACUUCCACCCAAAGUAGUCACAACAGUACUAAUGUCAAGGCCAACCACACGUCGUCUUCUUCGUCCGGCGGUCAAAGUGUUUUGAAAAGCAGCGUCUACGCAUCAGCCUACAACCCAAAACACUCUUCCAACCGAGCCAAUCAUCGCGGUACGAGUUCUGCAACAGCGCCAAAUGUAACAACCACAACUGUAACUAUUGCAAUGACUCCAUCAACCAGCAACGGGUCAACAAAUAGUUUUCCACCUGCGGUUCCAUCAAAUCAACAAGGCAAUUUGAUUAUGGUAAAUGGCACGUCAUUGGUUAAUAACGCGAAUCGUGGACGUUCUCUAAUAAAGCCGAGCUUAUAUUCGCGUAGUGUAAGCGGUGGAAGUGGCAAAGGAUCAGCUAGCGGUACUGCUUCUAAUCCACGGAAAUGAGACGAGGACUCGUUUCUAAUCAUCACCUAUUCGAACUCGAAGCGAUGAAUUUUGCUAUCGAUUUGUUGAAUGUCCUGGAUGUAAAGUCCGGACAGGUGGUCUUUUUGUACGAGGGCAAAAGGCUGAUCAAAUUGAAAAAUGGAUUGAACUGAUUAAAGCGGCCAAUAUAAAUUUUUCUUUGCUUAAUUAUCCUCAUUGCUUUACUCGCCUAUAAAAUCUCAACGUUAUUUGGCUAUAGUCGUGUUAUUAUAUCGAAUGUUAAUCGAUUCCAAUGGACCGAAUUGAUGGCAUUACAUUUAUUAGUGGUGAUAAUAGUCAAUAAAAA